AUGGACGAAUUAGGUUCAUCAAUACGGCAUUCUACUAAACAUGCGAAUGUUUGUUGUACAUCAUUCUUCUUUGCACCUAGUCAAACAAUGUUUACAAUUCUCUAUCCAAUUGUUCGUAUUGAUCAACGAUAUACGGAAAUUUUUCGUAAUUUUGUCUACGAUAAUAAAGAUACAUUAGAUCAUCGUGUUCGAUUAUUACCAUGGCAACAUUUAAAUGAUCGUAAAACAUUUCUUCGCAGUUUAGUGAUAGAAAAUAAUCUGGAAAUAUUUAAUAAACGACUUGAAAAUAAUCUUGAAAUCUAUGAAAAAUGUCAUCAAAAUGAUUUAUAUGAUAAAAAUCCUAUUAUAAAUAAAUCAAUAAAAAUUGAUAAUGAUCAUAUUUGGAAAGUUUAUACAGAUCAUGAUUUAGUUAAGCAAUAUUUAACUGAUAAACAUUAUCAAUUAAUUGACAAUCCUGAUCAAGCAAAUAUUUUAUUUGUUAUGAAACAACUUAAAGAUUUUCGUCAUGAAACAUUAGGUAAUAAAUUAAUUAAUCAAUUUCCAUUUGAAAAUAUCGUUACGAACAAAGAAUUAUUAGCACUUACUGCAAGACGAUGGAAAUCAUUAUAUGGAUCAUCAUCAUCAUUAUCAUCUGGUAAUGAUGCAUAUAUUGAUUCACACGGAAGUCCUGCAUGGCUAGCAACAACAUUUAAUCUCACUUAUGAAUUAUCACAAUUUGCUAUUUAUUUUCAAUAUCGUGAAGAUCAACAACUUGAUAAUACAUGGAUAAUAAAACCAAUAAAUUUAACACGUUCAAUUGAUAUGUCAGUAACAAAUACAUUUGAUAUGAUCAUUCGUUUACCUGAAUCAGGUCCAAAAAUAGCAUGCAAAUAUAUUUCUUCACCUGUUCUAUUAAGAAUACCUGAGAUGGAAAAUCAACAUGUUAAAUUUGAUGUUCGUUAUGUUCUACUUUUACGUAGUAUACGGCCAUUAAAAUUAUAUGUUCAUAAAAUUUUUUGGCUUCGUUUUGCAAAUAAGCCAUUUUCAAUGGAUGAAUUAGAUGAUUAUGAAAAACAUUUUACUGUUAUGAAUUAUCGACCAAAUGCAUUUUUACGACAAAUGAAUUGUCAAACAUUUAUAUCAAUGUAUGAUGAACAAUAUGGUCAAAAUAAUGAAACAUGGUCAAUUGUUGAAAAACGUAUAUUUCAAAUGUUUAGAGAAGCAUUUCAAUGUGCAACGAUAGAAGAACCACCAUUUGGUAUUGCAUCAUGUUUAUCAUCACGAGCCUUAUAUGCAGCUGAUUUAAUGCUUGAAAUGCUUGAUAAUAAAGUACAACCAAAAUUAUUAGAAAUUAAUUUUACACCUGAUUGUCAUCGUGCUUGUACUUUCUAUCCAAAUUUUUAUAAUCAAGUUUUUAAUGUUCUCUUUCGUGAUAUAGUUGAAGAGCAAGAUGUUAUAGAUAUUUCGGUAUAA